UCGAAACAGUCACAAAUGGCGCUACUACCAGCUCCUCUGCUCCAUCCUCUUCCUUAUCCAUUCUCUAUUUCUCCACAACGGUGUCGUUUUCUGCACUCUGGACCUCCCAACGCCAUUUCGUUUUCCGGCAGCGCUUUUCCCCGGCAGCAUCUGAAAGUACGCCGGAGUUGUAUUAAUGCCAUUAGAGAAGAGCUCGAAUUCGGAGCCGUCAACAUAGCCGAAGACGUAACCCAGUCACAAAUGGCGCUACUACCAGCUCCUCUGCUCCAUCCUCUUCCUUAUCCAUUCUCCAUUUCUCCACAACGGUGUCGUUUUCUGCUCUCUAGACCUCCCAACGCCAUUUCGUUUUCCGGCAGCGCUUUUCCUCGGCAGCAUCUGAAACUACGCCGGAGUUGUAUCAAUGCCAUUAGAGAAGAGCUCGAAUUCGGAGCCGUCAACAUAGCCGAAGACGUAACCCAGUUGAUUGGAAGAACUCCUAUGGUCUACCUGAACAAAGUUACUGAAGGCUGUGUGGCAAAUGUUGCUGCCAAACUUGAAUCUAUGGAACCAUGUCGAAGUGUCAAGGAUAGAAUUGGUUAUAGCAUGAUAUCUAGUGCUGAAGAAAGUGGAGCAAUAUCUCCAGGGAAGAGUAUAUUAGUUGAGCCAACUAGUGGAAAUACUGGAAUUGGUAUUGCUUUUAUUGCAGCAACUAAAGGCUACAAACUUAUAGUCACAAUGCCCGCGUCCAUAAAUAUAGAGAGGAGAAUCCUUUUACGUGCGUUUGGGGCAGAGAUCGUUCUAACAAACCCAGAGAAAGGCCUGAAAGGAGCUGUUGAUAAAGCUGAAGAAAUUGUCCUUAGAACACCAAAUUCAUAUAUGUUUCAACAGUUUGAUAAUAUUGCAAAUUCAGAGAUCCACUUCGAAACCACAGGGCCUGAAAUUUGGGAGGACACCAUGGGCAAUGUUGACAUCUUAGUUGCUGCCAUUGGAACUGGUGGUACCAUUACAGGCACUGGGCGAUACCUCAAAAUGAUGAACAAAGAUAUACAGGUAGUUGGUGUGGAGCCUGCUGAAAGAAGUGUCAUAUCAGGCGAAAAUCAAGGUUAUCUCCCAAGCAUUUUGGAUAUUAAUUUGCUUGAUGAAGUUAUGAAGAUUACCAAUGAUGAAGCCGUUCAAAUGGCAAGGAAGUUGGCUUUGGAGGAUGGUUUACUGGUUGGUAUUUCUUCAGGAGCUGCUGCAGCUGCCGCAUUAAAUUUAGCAAGAAGAUCUGAGAAUGCCGGGAAACUUAUUGCGGUUAUAUUUCCAAGCUUUGGUGAGAGAUAUAUUCCAACUGUCCUUUUCCAAUCUAUAUAUGAUGAGGUCCAGAAGAUGUGACAGAGAGUUUGAUGAAGCUAUCCAGCUUCCAAAAUAUUGGGUUCAUCUCCUAUUAUCAAUCAAAAGCAGCAGUCAAAUUCUUCUGAUAGAUGUAGAAUAUUUUGUAGCUGUAUCCUGCACUGUCUUGAGUACUGAUGUCAGAGCUAAAGGAUCAUAUAUACCUUAAGGGAUUUCAUAUUUGAUUACAUGGAUCAUCCAGAGGUGUAUUAUUGUUCUCAAGGAGGAUAUGUGAAGUGAUUACAGAAAAGAGAUAUGUUGUUGGGAAGUUUUGAGAGCUAAUUUAGUUAUUUAGUUAGUUUUAUUGGCUAAGGAAUUUAGAAAAUUUUGAUGGAAACUUUGUGAAAGCCUUAGAUUGUUGUUAUGUAUCCUAUUCUAUGUAAAUCAAUUUAUUGAUUUUAUUUGUAGGUCGUAUUCAUUAUAUUAAGACAUUUCAUAUUUUUAUCAAAUGAUGAUCAAAGGGCUCCUUCCUUGUUA